GCCCGGCGGGCGGGGGACCCCCGCUCCAUCGCGGGCCCCGCGCCGAGUCUCCAUCGUCAUCAAAUACAACUCCUGUCAUUCUCCUCUUCCAUUCACCUACCCAAAGACCAAAUCUGGAAAUAGUAACCAAAAGAGAAGCCCACGUCACACACAGAGCAGGGAAAGGUUGAAAUAAUUGAAGGGUUGGCCAGAUGCACUGGGGCAUGGAGUGAACAGAAAGAGGUUAAAUUGAUGGAUGACCAACAAGAGCAGGAUUGUGCCUCAGAAGACCAAGAAACUAUCCUGAUUAAUGGGGUGAAAGAAAAUGAGUCGCACGCCCUGGAUGCCGAUGAGAGGCCCUGCAGCGCGGCCGAGGCAGCGGCGCCGUUCCCGGCGCUGAGCGCGGCUCCCAAGGAGGGCCCCGCGUGCCACCGCGUCCCCACGGCCAAGAAGCCGUGCCUGCUGAGCCCCCCGUCCCCGCUGCGCCUCACCGAUGUCCCCGAGCACGCCUCGGACGACUCGUCGGCCCACGCCAUCUCCCUGACGUCGUGCGUGACCAAGGGCAUGAGCUCGUGGUCGCUGCCGGGCGACUGCGAGAAGGCUCCGUUCAGCAUGAUGGAGCCCGGGGGGAUGUCGGCGCUGACGGGAGACUGCCUGAUGCAGCCGAGCCGGACCUGCCUGGGCUGCUUCAUUGAAUCCAAGGACGGCAUCGAUGCGGAGCCGGGAAUAAGCUUGAAAGUGGGGGAUAUAAAUAGGGAUUAUGACACCUGUUCGGUCUCUGAUAUAGGGAUUCACUGCAUGAGCACAGGAGAAACCAUGAGAUAUGGGGAUCAACUGCUUUCAGACCAGCUUUUAAGCUUCCCUAUGCAUAAAUCGAGGGCAGCGGACAAAAGAGAUGCAGAGAAAUCUGACAGUGAUUCAGAGGACCCCACUCAGAAAAAUUAUUACGAGGGAUUACUAUUAGACAAAUGCAAUGGUGAGGAACCUUUACUAACAAAUCCCAACCAGGAAUGGGGCUAUUUUGAAUCUUUCAUUAGUGAAAGUAAAAUUGAGCUGCUUGACCUCUGCUCCAAAAAUGAGCUUUCUGUAAAUCUGUUUUCUGAGGAAGACGUGGACAAUUACAUGUUCGAUGAUGACGAUUCCACCUUGGGAAGUGAUGUCUGCUCCCUAAAGAUUAGAUACGAAUCUUUCCAGGACAAUGUGCGGGAGAAGACCACCACGCUACAAGAGGACGCCCAGUUCAACUUCUUCCCCAGCGUGUUCAGCAACUGCACCAAAAGGGACAGCAGGAGCACCCUGAAAAGGGGGACCAGCGGUGCCACCGACCCUUCUCAAUUCAAAUCCGAGGAAGGCAUCAUCUGGGGGGAGGAGGAGGAGGACGGCGAGGAAGAGGACGGUGAGGAGGAGGAGAAAGCUGCCUUAAAUAAAUCUUGCAACAGCACAGAGAUGGUGCAGUACGUGGGCUCCAAGAGGAGCCACUUCUUGGACUCGGUGAAUUCCACAGAGGACUCCGGGGAGUUCAGCGACGACAGCACUUGCACGGAGUCCUCCUACGACGUGCUGCGGGACAUCAAGGACUGCAGCCGGUACCUGGCCCGGGACCACUCCGGCUCCUUCAUCCAGCAGAACUACGGGCUGCGGGCCAAGAGGAAAGUGCGAUACAGCGACGACUACCUGUACGAUGUGGACUCCAUCGAGAACGAGAAGAUCCUGGACAAGAAGGAGUGGCUCCCCGACGGGCCCAAGGAGGAGGACGACGACGAGUGGUGCCCCAAGAAACGGCGAAAAGUCUCUCGCAAGGAGCCCCCCGUGAUCAUCAAGUACAUCAUCAUUAACAGGUUUAAAGGGGAGAAGCAUAUGCUGGUGAAGCUCAGCAAAGUGGAUGCCAACGAGACAACUGUUACUCUGAACGAGGAGCUGCUCAGCAAAUACAAGAAGCUGGCCCCACUGAAGGGCUUCUGGCAGGAGAGGCAGCAGAGCCGGCUGGAUUUGCUCAGAUCGUCUCUCUACCACAAGCAGAAUUUCUAUCUUAACGGCUCAGAUGCUUCGUUCCUCCCUCACCCACGGAAGCGAAAAUGCAAGCUAGCAAACAGGCACCGGAUUCAAAGAAUUAAAGCCAUCGAGCAAUCAGUGAACAAGCUGGGCUCGUGCUCCUCUGAUCACAAGCAGCCUUGCAGCAGUAAGGAGGACGUGGGCCUGAAAGGGCUGCCGGCAUUAGCCAUUGCCACCCCCAGCUGUGCCAACGGAUUGCACGUCCACGACAUCGCGGGCAUCGCCGUGAAAUGCAAACCGCAGGAGCGGGAGCACAAGGGGACGGAGCGGAAAGUGCUCCGCAGAAUCAAAUUCAAAAGUGAGGCCAGGUUGAAGUGCAAGAAGAUUAAAGCUGCCACCAGUACGGCAGAGGACUCCCCAGCCCUGGAAAACCAGGACUCCGCAGCGCGUCUGAAGGACGAAAACAGUCCCUGUGCUUCAGACAGCUCCCAUCUCCCAGAGUGCCACGAGGAUAAGGUUGCUAAAAAUUCUCCUUUCCUACCAUCCACCUCCUCUUCAGACAAGCCUCUGCCAUCUGCUAAUAUCACCACCAAUGUACCCCUGAUCCCCGGAGGGUAUCUGCAGACGUUGUUAGAUGCUUCAGAUCUGUCGAGCAACACGGGUAUCCCGUACUUCGCCCAGCACCCCUCCGAGCAGCAGCAGCAGCAGCAGCAGCAGCAGCAGCAGCACCCACUCCCCAGCAUCGUCCCGCCGGAAAAGCCCUUCCCGUCCCUGCAGCCGGCGCAGAGCUGCGUGCUCUCCCCGCCCUCCGAGUCAGAGCUGCAGCAGUCGCCCGGCCACUUGGAGAUGGAGCAGGGCGGCUUCGGCAGCAUGUGGCCGGCCAGCAAGGGCAGCGAGCGCCAGGACUUCCCCGGGGACGUGCCGGAGGCGGCCGCAAUGCCGAGCGAGUUCGCGCCGGGCACGGACGGCCUCCCCGCCUCUGGAUACACUCAAGUCAAUCUGAAUAGCGGCAAAUUGCUAUACCAAAAAAAUUACAUGCCGGAUAGCCAACAAGUGCAGUCUGAUGAUUCUUAUCAGUCAUGUCAUUUCAAUAAUGGAGAGGGGCGCUUUCAUUUCCAACGAGGUACACUCAGUACGGAUGAUGGCAGGCUCAUUAGUUUUGAUUCAGUGGGUUCAUUGUCAGUUAGUUCUAGCAAUUACAGUUCUUUAAGUUUAAAGUCUUGUGAAAAGGACGGCGAGGAUGAUAUUAAUGAUGAUUUCUUGGCCCACUGCAGUCCCAAGCUAGUGAUCCAGCAGAGCAUAGAUGAAAUCACCCCUUUGAAGGAGUCCACGGACCUUUUAGACAUUUCCAACUUCACGCCUGAUAGGUUCCGCCAGUCGUCGCUUUCGGAGAUGUCCCCUCCAGACACUCCCAACCUGUCCCCACAGAUAGCUGGCUCCGAUGCCAAGCCUCUGGGCACCCUGAAGGGCUUUCAGGAGAGCCCCCAGGCCUCCCUCAACAGUUCCGAGAAGGUCAAGUGGAACUGUGGGGUCCUGCAGACCGAGGAUCAGGCAGAUAAUGGGUUUGCUUUAAAUAAUCACCAGUUCCAGUUCCAUAUGUUCAACGAUGAAGAUUCUGUCAGCCUUCUCGAAAAGAGUCCAUGCUUGUCAACAUUUAAUGAGCCAUCUGGUCAAAUUAGCACCAAUAGCAAAGUGUCAAAAUCGAAGAGGAAAAGUUCAUCCAGCAAGAAUGUGGGUACAAACCAAAGCUCUUCCCAGAAAGCCACCCGGAAAAAAUCACCCAAAACCAACAAAGGAACCGAUAAGCCGCAAGGGAAAAACUCCAGGCAGGCACCCAAAUCCACCAGGAAAGGGAAAAAUGCAGCAGGAGUCAACGGCGAGAAGGCUCCAGCUGUUGGUGGCAGGGUGGUCACUCAGCUGGGCACCGUGGCCACGGCCACCAAGGGCGUGGCCGAGGGCACUCAGCACUGCGGCCCGGCGGGGGUGAAGCUGGGCAAGCACAACGGGCUCUCUGGAGAGUGGGCACUGGGAAAAGAGGGGGGCACGGGCUGGUCAGAAGCCAGCCUGGGCAAUGCCACCAGCCUCCUGGACGAUGACCAGAGGGAGUUUGAGGAACCCUCCAACAUCCUGUCCAACAUCGCGUCGGGAAUGGCCGAUGUGCAGAGGUUUAUGAUGGCCUCCAUUGAGCCCUUGUGGGGGCCCGUCGGCCACAACAGUGUUCCAGACAUAUUCCGGUCACCGGAGUCCAACAGCCUGAAACUGAAAACUCUUAAAAUUUUGGCAGGGACGUCCCAAGAGUCGAAGAAGAAGGCGAACGGUGGCUCGCCGGGGGCGGCGAAGAACCACAAGUCGAACAACAAGGGCUCAAGCAAAAACAGCAAAGCUGUGACCUGCGACCCCGGGCGCCCCAACUGCUCCACCGGGUUCACCACGGACAUUCACGCUCCCUUUUUUGAUAAAAACUAUAGUAACCUGAGCACUUUAGGCAAUAAUGGACCUACCCAUAAAAAACUCUACCGUCAUAAAUCCAGUUCGAAAUCACUGAGGGAUGAGAACUGUAAAAUCAAGCGGACGGACCGCGAACAGCCCCACAAGGACCCACCCGUGACAGCUGCUUUUGAGAAACUGAGGUAAUGCUGCACCAAACUGGCUGGAAUGCCCCUAACCUCCCUCCCACCUGCUAGGCCCGCUGUUCCUCAGUUUUUCCUUCCUGAAAGCAAAAGUUUGCAUGAGAAAAAAAACAAAAAAAAAAAAGACAUUCCCCUUUUACAGUUUUGGUUGGUUUUGGUUUUGGGGUUGGUUUCUUUUUUUUGUUUGUUUGGUUUUUUUAAUUAUUAUUUUUAAAUGCAUGAAAAUACUUAUGACUUGCAAGCUACCUAAAAGAAUGACCAAUUUUCUGGCUUGGCUGGGGUUAAAAAAACUAACAAGGCUACUCUUUUCUGCUGUUUGGCUUCUUCAGUUUUUAAUUACUUAUUUAUUGGGGGAAAAACAAAAAAACUAAAAAAGAAAAAAAAAUUACAUGCUCUUUUUAAUGAUUUUGACAAGGAAAGACUUUUUUUUUUUUUGGAACAUUUUGUAAAAAAUAAACCACAAAAAAAAAAAAAAAAGAGGUUCUGCAUCCAAAAGCCAAGAUCUCAAAACUUAAAGGCUCUUUACUUUGCAAAUGAGAACUCGUUCCUAAUUGAGCUUCACGUGGCAAUUUUUGAGUGCUUUCUGGCCCCCUCUGCUGUUGUGUCUCCUAACCUGCAUCAUCUAAAGCUGCAUCUUCUCUACCCGCCCGCCUUUAGCGCGUUCGCUCCGUCGUGGUGACUCCGGACGAGCUAACUAAGAUGGCAUCAAAUGUUUGAUUUUUUCCCGCAGGGAAUCAGACUCCAUUCUUCUUAAAGCAGAAACAGCAUUUUUGGGUUUUCCUGUAUUUGAAGAAGAGACUCCCUUUUCUAGAAAGACGGUUGAUGUUUGGUUUUUUUCUUACCGAUUUUUUUUCCCCGGUUGUUUUUUCUUUUUUUCCCCCCAUCGGUUCAUUUUUGAAAUCUGCCUUGUGGUCUGUUGAAAUGUAAGUGCUGAAAUGAAGAGUUUGAAAUUGUGGGAAUUUUAUUAUCUGGAAGCAAACCUAAUCUGGUAUUCUCUGUGAAAGACUGUUUUAAAAGUCAUACUGUUGUACAGUAGUUUAUGCACUAUUACCCACAACAACAAAAAAUUGUGCCAAACUAUGAACAAGUGACUGUAUUGUAGAUAUUUUUACUUCUCUAUCAACAUUGGGUUGUGAGUGUUUUCUGCAGCUAUGCCUUUUGGUUUUACUAGAAACAUUCCAGUUGUUAAGUACUAACCAUCCCCCUUUGAAAGCACCUGUAACUCACGAUGAAAAACGAUAUUGUUCACUGAUACAACUUACCAAAAGUUUUAUGGACAUGACUAGAAGUGUGCCAAAUUUACUUACCUCAUUUCAUGGAUUCACCCUGUGGUUUAAAGCUCAUAAAGGGAAGAAAAAAAAAAAAAGAAACAAAAAGGGGGGAAAAAAAAAGAAAAAAAGGAACUUUGAAACCGAUGCUGGGAAAUGGUAACGUCCUCUCUUUGAAACCACGAGCAGAAAAACUUAAUGGUGAAAUGUUGAGUUUCAUUAUAGGAGAGAGUUGCAAUGGUGGAGGAGUUCAGAAAACCACUGACGGUAAGUUUGCCAGGAACUCAAGUGUCUGCAUCUAGAGACUACAGAACAGCUGCUUUUCAAGUGUCUGUUUUCUUAAAGCAAAACCUGUAGCUGAAGAUCAUUUGAAAUGCAAAGUUACAUUGCUAAUUCUUUGUAUCUCAGUUUUAUAUAUUUUAUAAGAACCUGGGAUAAAUUCUGAAAUAGGUAUAAAAACAGAACUAAUACAUUUCAUACAUUGAGUGCUAUUCACUUUUCCUUUGGAUAGUUUCUUAAACAUUUUCGAUGCAGAGCCUGUCAGAAGCGCUCUCCCAUCAUGGCUUUGGUGUUUCCUCCAUGUCUAACCUUGCGAUGCCAAUAUAGUUUGAACUUUCAAAAGCAGAGUCAUUCAUUUAAAACACAACUCUGAACCUUUUCUUUGAUUCAGUUCAUGAAACAAAUACAACCAAUGGAGCUAUUUGUGAUCUCACCAAUCAGGGCCGGAUCAUGACUGGACUUUAUUAAGACAGCGUUAAGUACUGAAUGCUAAAUGUAUUCUCAAAAGGCCUUAUUUGUAACCCUCCUCACCACACCCUCGCCCUCCACGAGAAUAAGGAACCCAACAAAGAUCUAUCUUCCUUGUGCAACUGAGAGCCUGUGCGUUUUGCUGCUGAUUUCUCAUGAAAACCCUUGAUAUGCAAGAGCCCUGGGAGCGAUUGGGAGCAGAGGGAAGUGAGGCUUGGACACCUUAUGCAGUAGCAGGCGGUGAGGAAGAGGAGCCUUUCUAGCAGUGGACAGAUCACGUUGCUGAUACGGCCACAGGCGUAGAUAUGGUGUCACACAGAGGGCAGGACUGGGUUCAGGUUUCCUCCCAAAUCAGUUUUUUUCCACCCACAUACCAGGCAAAGCAGCAGAAUUGGUUUAAGUUAAUUUAGCAGAAAAGCAGAGUAAUCACUUAAAAUCAGAGUGGAGAUGCAGAGUGUUAGGUUAGAAUCAUGUUUUCAGCACUUACAGAUCUUGGGUGCAGCUCAGCUCAGCUCUGCAAUCCCAGAGAGAACAGCUCGGUAGUUGCAUUGUGUUUUAUUUAACAGAUGAAAGGACAAACUCUGAAAAAAAAAUUAGUAAUUAAAAAAACACUCUGCACAUUCAUUUUUUCAUGGAAUAAAUGCUGGCAUUGCCUGGAGUGGGAUGAGAGUGGUCCCUGGUGCCCCAUGGCAUGCAGCGUCCCACCCCAGCUCUGGCUCCAGGAGGGAGGUCCAGAAGAUGCUCAGGAUUUCCUCUGGAGACAAGAGCUGUGGUAGGCCUCCAUCCCUGGCCUCUGGGCUGGCCUGCAGCCACCACACUCUCCCUGCUUCCCCAGCAGCUCUCUUUUUUGUUCACAGGCUCAUCACAUACCACAAGCUCCAACCACUGCUGUGGUGUUGGCAUAUCCCAGUUUUUGAUCAUUCCCUCCAUGUGCUGCAGGAAUGGUCUGGCAGCUCCCUUCCUUUGGAUGUUCUGGCUGCUGCUCUUACAGAGACAGGUCAGGCCCAGGGCUGGGAUGUGGCACAGACCUUCUUUCUGACCCAGAACCAUCAGCUGAAAGCACAUUUCACCUGGCCUGCACUGUGCUCCUUAUGGUUAAUGCUAUGAAUAUGGGACUCAGAAUAAAACCCCUUGACUGGAUGGGAUAGCAAUACUUACUGCAUCUGAGAAAUGUGCAAUAGGGCAUGAAGAUCAGGCAUGAAACAUAUCAACUGUUUUAUCCAUGGAUACCUAGCUGGGUGUUCCAGAACGGUGUUAAUCACAAUUCCAGCUGCCUUGUUGCUCUCCUUCAGUCCUUCUACCAUUCCAGUUGCUGACAGCUUUGGUGGUCAUCCCAUGUCCUCCAAAAAUCUCUGCUGGGGAGCUGUUAAAGAGCCUGGGUCCCUCAUGGUGUGGCACUGGCCCUUCCCUGUGUCUGAAAAGGUCAUCACUCUGCUGCUUGACCCCAACAUUUAGAAAUUGCCUUGAGCUGACCAUUUGCCCUCCUCCCUUUUGAUCCUUAUGGAGUAUUUGGGUGGGAAGGGACCUUUGAAGGCCAUCUAGUCCAACUCCCCUGCAAAAAGCAGGGACAUCUACUAUACCAGGUUGGUCAGAGCCCUGUCUGACCUGACCUUGAAUGUUUCCAGGGAGGGGACAGCCACCACCUCUCUGGGCAACCUGAGCCAGCGUUUCACCACCCUCAUAAAACAUUUCUUACUCAAGUCCUUGUCGGCAGGGCUGCUCUAAACCCCUUCAUUCCCAGCCUGUGGAUCCCAGGGACUGCCCCAUCCCAGGUGCAGCACAUCACAUUUGGCCUUGUUGAGCCUUCUGAGGUUCCCCUGGGCCCACUUCUCGAGCAUGUCCCUGUCCCUGUGGAUGUCACUGUCCCUCAGGUGUGUUAACCUUACCACUCUGUUUGGUGUCAUCUGCAAACCUGCUGAGGGGUCUCAAUCCCAAUGUCAGCAUCACUGGUGAAGCUACUCCACGUUGCUGGUCCCAGGACAGACCCUUGAGGCUCAGCACUCAGCUCUGGUGUCCUCCUGGACAGUGAGCUGUUGACCACUGCCCUCAGGAUGUGGCUGUCCAACCAAUUCAUCUGCUGAACACUCAAUCCUUCAAAUCCAUCUCUCUUCAGUUUAGAAAGGUGUUGUGGGGACUGUGUGAAAGGCUUUACAGAAGUCCAGACAAAUGACACCUGGAGCCCUUCUCUUGUCCAUGGAUGCAGUCACUCCAUCCUAGAAGGCCACUGGGCUGGCCAGGCAGGAUUGCCCUUGGUGAAGCUGUGCUGGCUGUCCUGAGUCACCUCCCUGUCCCCCAUGAGCCCCAGCAGAGUUUCCAGGAGGGUCUGGUCCUGGUCUUCCCAGGCACAGAGGGGAGGCUGGCAGGGCAGUGGUUCAAUGGUUUCAUUUUCCCAGUCAUCCAAGGCAUCACCUGACUGCCAGGACUUUUCAGAUACUGUGGAGACUGACUUGGCAACUCCAUCAGCCAAUUCCCCCUGGGCUCUGGGAUGCAUCUCAUCAGGUUCCAUAGCCUUAGGUAUAUUCAGGUUCCUCGGAUGGUCACAAACUUGAUUUUUUCUUAUAGUGGGAGGGUCUUUGCUCCUCCAAUCCCUGUCCUGUGGUUCCACCACUCAUGGGAGAUGGAAAGAGAGGUUUCCUCAACCUUGUCAUCCAUUGUUGCCAGUCUGCCAGUUGUGUCACACCUGCUUUGACCCUUCCUUUUCAUGCUGACACAGCUGUAGAGGCCCUUGUUAUUCUCUAUGUCUCUUGCCACAUGCAGCUCCAUCUGCACCUUGCCUUCCUCACCCUGUCCCUGAACAGCCUGACAGUAUCCCAGUUCUCUUCCCAGGAUAUCUGUCCCUACUCCUGCUGCCUGUGCAUCUCCUCCUGCCCUUCAGCCUGACCAGCAGGUCCCAACCCAGCCAGGCCAGUCUCUUGCCUUCCUUGCCUGAUUUCUCACACCUGGGGAUUGAGAGCUCUUGCUUUCUGUGAAGAGCAUCCUGAAAGAUCUGCCAGCUCUUUUGUGCUCCCUUUCCCCAAGGGCACUUUCCCAGGGGAUCCUCCUGAUCCACUCCUUGAGGAGCCAGCACUUUACUUUCCUAGGAUUCAUCUCCACCUGCCUAUCACUACCUCAAGGGUUUCACUUCCCACCUUUGCCUCAUCCCUCACCGUACAAGCUCUUGUUCUCCAAUAGCAUUUUUGUUUUUCAUGGCACUGCUCACAGCUGCCACCCCACACCCCAGGGCUCCCUGCCCUGCUUGUGCUGGCUCCCACCUUGGCCCAUCCUCUUGCCCAGUCCCACUGCAGCUUCCAUCCUCCUCUUGCAUCUCCUCAUUGGGCUCCAGGACCUUGUUGGCUCUUGGGAGUGAUGAAGCCAAGCCACACAAAAGAUAUUUAUUCUGCAGCAUCCCUUAAAAUGUCUUUUCUGCUUCAUCUCUUUUCACUCCAACUCCAGUGCAGGAUGGGAGGAUGGUGCCAGCAGUGCUGCUGAGCCGUGGUGUCACCGUGAUCUGGGUGACUUAGAAUUGGCACUGGUGUUACAAAGCAGGGACUGGGCACUUCCAAAGGUUGUAAAAUCCAUCUGAGAGGAGAAUUCCACAGGGCAAGGCGGUAUUUACCACUCUGCCAUAGGAGCAUGGGUCUCCCAUGGCACAGGAAUAGGAGAGAUGUCCUGCAGAAAGGAAUCCUGCCGCUGGAGCCAACCCAGCCCAUGGCCAUCAAUUGCAUUUAGAGGUUUUGUAAAUAGAAAAAUAUCAGUGAUGGGGAUCCAAUAAAAACCUUUUGGGUUUUUAUUACAAAAUACAUUUACCAGGUUUACAUCUUGCUUUUUUUUUUUUUUUUUGAGCAUAGGAGGAUGGAUGUUUUUAAAGAACAUCUUGAGAAUAAUGACUUGUGAACCAGAGGUAGCCAGGCAUUUUGGGAGGAGGAGGAAGAGGAGGGCAGGGGCAGCCACAGGACUGUCCUUGCCAUGCUGUGCUGUCCUGCUGAGGCUGGGUUGGCUUGGAGAGGAGAAGCCAAGGCUGGCUGGUGAUUGCUUGGAGAAACCAUUGCUGCACCGUUUUGCUCUUUUAAAAAAUCAGGAUCGCUGUUAAUUUUUUCAGCAUUAUGGGCCAAACAAGCCAGGAACCAAAAUAAAGAUGUUUUAAGCAUUGUCAUCCUUGAGCUGCUGGACCAUGUUCUUUCUCUAAGCUCCCAAUCUAGCAGAGCACUUAGGUGAGAGCUCACUCCCAAGUGCUUUCCCAGCCAGUGAUGUCAAGUCCCAAGAGAAACUCCCCUGAAGUCAGUGUAAGUGGGAAGAGGAUCAGGAGUGUGGGCUUGGGUUGGUGCAGGAUCAGGCCUUUACUUUCUCAGCUCUGUGUGUUGGACUUUGCCUGUGCAGCUCCCAGGGUGGCCAGAGGAGGUUGCAUGGUUCAGACCACUGACAUCUAUUGGAGAAUGUGCCUCUUUAUCUCUUCAGCAUGUGAAAUAAUGCAAAAAAAAGAAGAAAAAAAAAAGAAAAAAAAAAAGAAAAAUAUAUAAACUAAACCAAGUACAAUGUCUGUGGUAGAAGCAAGGCUUUUCAAAUCUGUUUCUCAGGUAAACAAGUGACACUAAUGACAGUGGAGUAACAGCCAUCUAAGGGAAUUGGGAUCUGAAGCAGGAGGAUUCCCUCCAUCUCGCAGGACGCUUGGGUUGCCAGACACGUUUACUGAGCCUUUAAUCACUUGGUGCAAAAGGAAACGAGAAAUAAAAUUGGUCUCUUCACUACCCUUCGCUAGCUAGACAGACAGACAGACAGACAGACGUCCAUUUCUAAAGCACAAAGGGAAGACUUAAACCUAGACUAAACCACACACAAACACACAAAAGCAAGGUACCAGUGAAACUCCUUUUGUCUCUUACCCCCGGUGGGAAGCAGGGUAGAAAUCCAAGGAGCUGCUCUGUUCCGCUGCCCCGGCGCCGCCGGGCGCCUCGACUGCUGCCUCCAGAGAUGUGAAUGUACUGCUCCUUGAGUUCCCUUCCAUAGAACUAGAGGCACCUCGUUAGGAAGUUGCUCCUGUUUUAUGGUGCUAAAGAAAACUUUUAUUCCCCCCCUCGAGCAUUUAAGAACUAUUAAAUGGCCCUUUUUAUGAAUGUAACAUAUCCAUUUCUGUUCCACAUUUUACACUGCAAUUUUAACAUGUUUGGAAAUUAUUUGCCUUUUUUCUUUUAGAAUAAGCUUUAUAAAUAUUCUGUAGAGUCAAUUGAAGUAUAAUUCUUAAGGAUCACUCUAAGACGCCUACAAAAUCUUGUAUAUUUUUAAGUGUGCCAAUUUGUAAAAUAUUUUGUAAGUGUAUAUUUUUCUUAGAAAAGUGCUGUGAAGUGUUUGUAUGUGUGAGGUUUCCCUUUUUUUGCACCUUCGGGUGUUAAUAAAAGGAUGUAUACUUAAGAGUUUCUGGUUUUAAAAACCAAAAUACAAAGAAAAAAAUUAAACUUUUGUUGGGAAUUUUGUAAUAAAAAGAAAUGUUGUGAAAGAGUGUAGUGAUAUUGUGUAAAGGAAACUGGAAAAUUUGUGAGCGCUUUGCUGUUUUAUAGAUCCUCUUGUAAAUUAUUCUUGUAAUAUUUUGGGUUUUGUUGUUCUUGUUGCAAAGGUUUUAAAUAUUUGUGACUGACUCUGUAUGGUGAAAACGUCAUAUUGUUAACUUGCUGAGUUUUGUUAUAUUGUUUAUGGAAUAAAUAAAAAAAUUUAAAAUCUCAUUUUAAGAUCAUGUAUGAAGAAGAAAUUAAAACUGCCAUUUAUUGAA